AUGACUGACAAAGCUAAGGCGGCGUCGGACUUGGCUGCCUUUCCCCGAGCUCUGCACCUUUCCACCACCCACACCUCGUCAUUAAUCAUGGCGUCGACGUCUCGUGAAGGGAUCAAUCCCUUGCGGCCGUACUAUAUCCCUCAGUCCGGCCUCUCGCCCACCAACAGCUCGACCGAGGCGAGCUCCCCCUCUUCGGCCCAGGUGUUUGGGAGCACCGCGCGAGACCUCAUCCACGACCUCGACUAUGCCGACUAUCUGGAUGCCUCGCCAUCGGUAUCCGACUGGGUUCGCGAGUCUCUGAAUUCGGCAAUCACCCGCUAUUGUCAGGUUCUGACUGCACAACCCUUUGAUGUCGCCAAAACCAUACUGCAGGUAUAUGUUGUGCCUGAUGUCACCGAGGAGCCGCGGGACCGGAAGUCAGAUGCUGGAGCUGGAAGCAGCUCAUACGAAUCGGACUUGGAAUCAUCCGACGAUGAAAGUACCUACUUCACAUCCGCUGCCCCGUCGACACCGACCCCUGCCACGCCGCGAUCUCGCAGGGGCCGGCAGCACAUCACCGAUCGCAGCGGCUACAUUCGCCCCGAUGCUGCGCCGGCGCAGUCGAAGCAUGCCCUGAAUAUUCGCAACCCGAGCUCCUUGAUGGAUGUUCUCUCCCAGCUGUGGACGAACAACGGACCGAGCUCCCCGUGGAAGUCGUCCAACGCCACUUUCAUCUACUCUCUGUUGCUGCCGACUUUAAACACCUUCAUCCGCAGUCUCCUGUCCGCGAUCGUGGGCCUGCCCGAGGAGGAUAUCUCCUCGUCAACGGCGGCAGACAUCCUCAAUGCGUCCUCACCCCUGGCCACACUGCUCCUAUCAUUUAUCUCAUCAUCUCUCUCCGCUAUGAUCCUUUCCCCGAUCGAUACCGCUCGUACCUUCCUAAUGCUCACGCCCGCAACCCACGGCCCACGCUCUCUGGUCCGCGCCAUUCGCCAGCUCCCCACUCCCAACUGCACCAUCCCGCCGCACCUCGUCCCAAUUACCAUUCUCCACUCCAGCCUUCCUAGCUUUAUCACCACCUCGACCCCACUCUUCCUCAAAUCGUACAUGUCAAUUGACCCGAUCCUCAAUCCAUCCAUGUGGAACCUGUUUAGCUUCCUCGGCUCCGGUCUCGAACUUGCCGUGCGCUUCCCUCUCGAGACUGUCCUUCGCCGCGCCCAGAUCGCUACCUACACAUCCCUCAGUCUGCGCCAGAAGUCGUCCGGUGGCAGUAUCGACGCUUCGUCUAUUGAUGCCUCAGACGUGGAGACUAUUGUCCCUACCCCGCGCACAUACCGCGGUAUCAUUGGUACAAUGUGGCAUAUCGUGAACGAGGAGGGCGUCAGCCCCGACCCCUCAGAUGCCGAGCGCGCACGCCACCUCUUCGCCAAACCUUCUACUCAGCAACUAAUUCAGAAGCGCCGUCAGGGUCAGGGUAUCCAGGGUCUGUACCGGGGCUGGCGGAUAGGCAUGUGGGGAGUUGCUGGUAUUUGGGGGGCCAACCUCCUUGGCGGAGUCGCUGGCGGCAACGAGGAGGAAGUGACCAUGCGCGGUGGCCAUGGUCGGGACAGCGGUGGACGUUUCUAG